AUGCCGCCCGUGGACAAUCCAUCCUUGGAGGCACAAUCUUUUGACCCGUUCCAUCUCGGCACUGUUGAACAGGAUGAUGAUAGGAGCAGUAUCGGUAUGGAUCCCAGAACCUUUUGGAUCUCAUCCGCUGUCGCCAUGGCGGCCUUGCUAGAUCAUCCUGCCGACGCUUCGGCUGCUGUGGCCGGUGCUCCCAACGCAGUGCCUUCUGCUCUGGCUGCCUUUGGACAUUACUUUAGUAUCCUUGGAAUGGUGGCGUGUGUCACGACAGAACGGUUGACCAUCCAACCAGGCAUGUCCCAAAAAGACGAAGAGUUCAUGAAUGUUGUAGACGUGGCUUUUGGAGCCUUGGGAGUCUUGACGGCCUACACGGGGUAUCUACGUGUGGUCAGUUACGACAAAGGAUGGGAAUUUUAUAGUCACGAACCCAUCUUUUGGCUCAAAAUUGUUUUUUUGGGAGUGUUUGGUGCCUCCAGUUUCUUCAACACGACAACACUGCUCAAGCGGGCAUUUGCACGGCAAGGCACUGGCACUUUUGAACCCAUUGGGGAAGCAUUGGCCAAUCGCAUGAUUCAAAUUUGCAAUGCGGAAUUAACCGCACUGGCCAUCAUACCCUUGACGGCAACCUUCAUGGCACGAGGGAUUGGAUACAGUGCAGACAUACCCUGGGAGGCUGGGGCUGCACUAUCGGCACUGGUGUUUGGAGGUUUAUCGUUCAAGUACAUUAAAGAAGCUUUGCAGUUUGAGGACACCGCCCCUGUUGCUGUUGCGGUUGCCCCAUCCGUGGAAAAAGAAGAUUAG